ACUGGGUGUGGACUGGGGCUGGGGUGGGGGUUGUGGAAGGGGCUCCAGCAGGCCCCUCCCAGGGGAGCGGGGCCUCUGUCCUGCUCCCUCCAGCAGGGCCUGUCCCACCCCUAUUUGUCAUCCUCACUUUCACUUUCCCUUUGCUGGUCCUGCUGCCCAGAGGGGCCUGUGUCCAGCAGGGGAGGAGCUGUGCCAGGAGGCAGGGCACAGGAGGCGGGGAAGGUGGGUCAGAACCACAGGGGGCCCCCAGCCCAGGGCCCUCCCACCAUGCAGCCCACUCAGGGGGAGGUGGGGCCUCAGCUGAGAAGGCGGAAGACCUCAGACGAGGAACUUUCCUGAAGCAGGAGCCCUCUGAGCAGAAAGGCAGAGCCAGCGCUGGGGACAAUGGCGAGAAGGAAACUGACCUGGAAGAAAGGCUACACUCCGAAGCCCUGGCCCAGGAACCCGAUGCAGAAGUUAUAUGAGGAUUAUUUCAACUUUCACUUCACAAACCAGCUCACCCCGAAAGGUCGAAAUGGCUGCUACAUCUGCUACGAAGUGCAAAGAAACAACUCACCUAUCUCCAAAGGGGUCUUUGAAAACCAGUUCUAUCCAAAGAAGAGAGUCCACGCAGAAAUCUGCUUCCUGAACUGGUUCAAGGAGGUAAUCUUGGAGCAGACCCCGGGCUCUGGAGAAGAAUACGACAUCACCUGGUACAUGUCCUGGAGCCCCUGUGUGGAGUGUGCGAAGCAGGUGGCCGAGUUCCUGAACACGCACAAGCAUGUGCGGCUGCGCAUGACUUUCUCACGACUCUACCACAGCAAUAAGCCAGAAUACCGGCAGGGGCUUCGUAGUCUGGCCGGCCCCAGAGCCGAGCUCACCGUAAUGUCUCCAGAGGACUUUACGUGCUGCUGGACAACCUUUGUGGCCCCCCAGGAAGCACUUUUCCCGCCCCGGAGUAACCUGGAUGACCUGGUUUUCAGCCUUGGUCUAACCUGGUCUAAACUGAAUAAAAACAGUGAGAAACUAUCAAAGAUGCUGGAAGACAUUCUCCUGGAGUCAGAGCAACUGAAGACGGACUCAACCUCUUUGAACAACCGGAGUCUUCUGGAGACUGAGGAGUGCUUAUAUCCCAAGAUCUACACCACCAACUUCCACAACCAGCCAUUCGCCCCUGGGCUGAACAACACCUACCUCUGUUUCCAGGUGGAAAAAAAAAAGUACAACUUUCUCAAGCCCUGCUACCAGGGGAUCUUUCGAAACCAGCCCUCUUACCUUCAAUACAUCUACCCGGUGGAGCCUCUCCACGCAGAAGAGUGCUUCCUCUCUUGGUUCAACGACAAGUAUCCAUCCCCUCAUGCGGGUUACCGUGUCACCUGGUACAUGUCCUGGAGCCCCUGCUUCGAGUGUGCAGAGGAGGUGGUCAGCUUCCUGGGGGAGCGCGAGAACGUCACCCUGAGCAUCUUUGCCUCCCGCCUGUACAAGUGUGAUGACCAGGACCAGCAGGAGGGGCUUCGACUGCUGGACCAGGCAGGGGCCGAGGUGGCCAUGAUGUCUCCCGAGGAUUUUGAAUACUGUUGGGACAACUUUGUGGACAAUGGCGGAAUGUCCUUCAGGUAUUGGAAGGGUAUCCGUCGAAAUUAUUAUGCUCUGGAUGACGAGCUUAAAGAAAUCGUCUGCAGGGGAUGACCUCGGGGUCCCAGGGGGCUUCCCGAGCCUGUUGCAGAAGGAAGACCGUGUCCCAGGGAGCCCAGCCCAGCUGCGGCCCCAGGUCUGAUGGGAACAGGCCUGGUCUGAGCUGGAGGGAACACAGGCUUCUCUCCAGGUCUCCGAAGCCGCCCUCCCCCUCUUCCAGCUGCAUAAAAACGCUGAAUUUCCAGUUGUCGGAGAAGAGAACUGGGAGAGGUCUGGCCCUCCUCUUCUCUCCCUUUGGCCGAAUCCAAUAAAGCCUCAGUGACUGCA